AUGAGGAGGGAUGAAUCCGCCUUCAGCAAUGUAGAAGCAAUGUGCGCGUCAGCCACCGCGGCUCUAUUGUUGGGCGCACUAUCUGUUCUGCCGACUCGAGGGACCGAGGCCGACGCGACAUUAACAAUUUUGAAGGAAACACGCGAAGCAGGCUCGCAGCCAACAAUAAACCAACUUUAUCAAAUGCUGUACCGUGGCCCGGAUUCGCAUAAUCAGACUAAACUCCUUGCUAACACAAACUUUUCUAAUCUCGACAUUAUACCAACUCUUAAGUCCUAUAACCAACUUGAACAUUCUCCACCGAGCGAUAAACAGGUUAAAUGCUGCUUUAACGAUUCCUUACCUUCACAAUUUACUGCAAACAAACACACGGAAGCUGCACACGAAGUUAAUAUCACUAAAGAUCAUAAGAAAUUCAGGAAAAGGCGAGUUAAUGAAACACGAACAGAAGAUUUUCUUAAUAACGGAUAUUAUGCUGCUACGGCUGUACCAAUGAUAAACACGCCAGUGAUGGAAAGACGACGUAAAAUAGGAGAAGUUGGGUCCAAUGCGCCACUCUUAAACUAUAUAUUCGACACUUAUUCAAAUACACAUCAACAUAGGAAUGAAAAGCCGGGCAACGGAAACAGUAUCUACGCGGCGGCCGCGCCAGAAAUGGAGGCGCUAGUUGGCUCCACCGCGCACCUCGACUGCAAAGUGGAUGCGCUACACGAUAAACUGGUAUCCUGGGUGCGGCGAAAAAAUGACGAAGAGCCGAUGGAGCUCUUAACAACUGGCACUCAACUAUAUACAGCUGAUAAAAGAUAUUCCGCCCGCUUUAUCCCUCCCGAUAUUUGGCGUCUGGAGGUGCGAGAGGUUCGUCCAACUGACGCCGCUCAUUACGACUGUCAAUUAUCUGCCCACCCGCCUCGGACUGCGCGCGUCACAUUAUUAGUGCCAGAGGUAUCAGUUCGCAUCGUGGAUGGUGCGGGUGCGUCAGUAACAGAGCAAGUUUGCGAGCUUGGGAGUACGGUGGCGCUGCGGUGCGAGGUGCGCGGUCUUCGUAUGGAAGGCGGACCCUCGCUGCUCUGGUACCGGAGGGAGUAUCUACUAAACGAUGACACUACUAGAGGUGGCAUAAGUGUUCGCACGGAGUUUGGCGCUAAUGGUGCGAAUUCUGUGUUGCGCGUGGCCCGCGUGCGCGCGGAUGACGCCGGCCGCUACUCGUGCAGUGUGGCGCGCGCUCCGCCGCCAGCGCCUCCUCCCGCUACCGUCAUCUUACACAUCAUCAAAGGGGAAAGCUUGGCAGAACUACACCAGGGGAGGGGAACAUGUUUGAUUCCUGGAAUUGUAAUUUUUACGUUAGCGCUGUGCGCCAUUUUAUACAAUUAA